AUGACCGUGCGUGGGGGUUUCCAUUUCAGCACCCGCCAACACUCCAGCAAUAGCAACUACCCGCCGUUGUAUGAAGACCCACAAAUGGGUGGGCCUUCAAAUGCAGUUUCUGAAGUCGACUCUGCGCCAGUCGCACCACCACCACCAAUGGGUUAUGAAAACCCAAUUCCAUCAUACCCAGGUGCAGCUGGGUAUAACCCUUUUGAGCAGCCAGCUUAUUCUGGUUACAACUAUAACAAUGCCCCUGCCGUUGACCCGUACAUCAAGGCAGCAAACUACAACGCUCUCUACCCUGGGCCCUUUCCAGCUACGUACCCAACUGGGUACCCAGUAUAUGGGUAUCAAUACCCACCACCUCCUCAACCGCAACCGCAGCAGCCGCCUCAACCUCAAAUCCAGCAGCCACCGUAA